AUGGCUUUCCGUGCACUCACGCGCUGUCGCGCUCUGCCAAGCGGCGCCGCUAGACGCGCAACAUGGCAGCCGAUUUUGUCGGGAACCAGGUCAUCAAGACUCAACUCCUUCCAAUCAGUUCACACGGCACCAUCACCAACAAAGAAAAGGGGUAGAUUUAUCCCACUUCAGCUUCUCGUCCUUGGCGCGAUACCGCUCUUUGCCGGGUACCUCAUCGGCCGAUCUGGUACCCCGGCCCCGGACGCUGGCGCUCAAGGAAUGUUAUCACACGUGGAUUUCGCGAGCCGGAAGGAUAUGGUGAAGGCGGCCAAAGAUAUUUCCGAUGCUCUCGGUGAAGACGCGGUUAGCUUCGACGAGGAUGAGAUUGAGCUGCAUGGACACUCUGACUGGUCCACGUCCAACUCGAGCGGUCGACCCGUGGCUAUCGUCUACCCCCGGACGACGGAGGACGUCUCUCGGAUAGCCAAGAUUUGCAACAGGUACAAUGUGCCCAUGGUGCCGUUUGGCGCCGGCUCCUCCGUCGAGGGAAGCUUCUCAUCGCCAUAUAGCGGUAUCUGCAUCGACUUUGUGCACAUGGACAAGAUUAUCGCUUUCCACCCAGACGACAUGGACGUCGUCGUCCAACCAGGCGUAAACUGGGUAACCCUUAACAAAACAAUCGAAUCCUCGGGCCUCUUCCUCCCGCUAGACCCCUCGCCAACCGCCCUGAUCGGCGGCAUGGUCUCCACCAACUGCAGCGGCACCAACGCCUUCCGCUACGGCACGAUGAAGGACUGGGUCGUCAACCUGACGGUCGUCCUCGCCGACGGGCGCGUCAUCAAGACCCGCCGCCGCCCGCGCAAGAACUCGGCCGGGUAUAACCUGACGAGCCUCUUUGUGGGCGCCGAGGGCACGCUGGGGAUCGUGACGGAGGCGACGGUGAAGCUGGCGGUCGUGCCGGCGGAUACGGGCGUCGCUGUGGUGUCGUUUGGUACGAUGGAGGAAGCGGCGAGGGCGGCGACGGGGCUGAUUCGGAGUGGGGUGCCGCUGGGGGCGUUGGAGUUUUUGGAUGAGGUGCAGAUGCGGGUUAUUAAUCGGCAUGGGAGCGAGGCUGUUAGGAAGACGGCGUGGGAGGAGAGUCCGACGUUGUUUUUGAAGUUCUCGGGGACCCCAGACGGCAUCAAGGGAGAUAUUUCUCGGGUCAAGGACAUUGUGCAGCCGUUCAAACCGCGCAAGCUAUUCUUCGCCAGAGAUAAGCAGGAAGAGGCGGAUCUCUGGGCCGCGAGAAAAGAGGCUCUGUGGACGAUGACGUCCAUCAUGCCCGAAGGCUAUUCAAUCUGGUCAACUGAUGUGGCUGUACCAAUUUCGAGGUUGGCCGAGAUCAUCACAUUGUCAAAGGAGGACUCUGGAAAGCUGGGCCUUUUUGCCAGCGUCAUUGGCCAUGUUGGAGACGGCAACUUUCACCAGGCUGUCAUGUAUGACCCGAAGAACGAGGAGCAACGGGCCUCAGUUGCCAAGUGUGUCCAUGAUAUGAUGGGCCGAGCUUUGGAGAUGGAGGGUACUGUUUCGGGAGAGCAUGCCAUUGGUAUUGGAAAGAAGGAUUGUCUUGUCGAUGAGCUCGGCGUUGAUGCUAUUGACUUUAUGAGGACGCUGAAGCAGGCUGUGGAUCCAAAAUGGAUCAUGAAUCCUGGAAAGGUUUUUGACCUUCCCAGCAACUCAAAAGCUGUUGCUGCGUCAUGA